UUUGGGCAUUGGAAGAGCUUUUAAUUAUCGAAGACCAACAAGUCCUUAGCGGCCACAUAGCUUCUUUACUUGGAGAUUUUGAUUUGGCGGAUAAACUGUUUUGCGAUUCGAGUGAGCCUAAGCUUGCGUUGGAGGCAUAUUUUUGUUUGAAUAAAUUUGAAUAUUUUUUGUUAGAUGCGCCGUGAUAUUCAACAUUGGGAACGUGCUCUAGAGUUGGCUGCACAAAUCGCGCCGGAUGAGUUACCGUAUAUUGCUAAGGAGUAUGCCAUACAACUCGAAUUUAUGGGUCAACAUGAACAAUCUAUUCGUUACUAUGAACAAGCCAUAAUUCCAAUAAGAGAAGAGGAUUAUGAAAUUAACGAAGAAUUGGAUGAACACAAUUGGGUGUGUAAAUCUGGGCUGGCAAGAAUGGCUUUACACACUGGAGACCUUAAAAGGGGUGUUGAAAUUGCUCUACAAUUGCCUAGUAGAUUGGCUAAACGAGAUUGUGGGAUAGUGUUAGAAGAGCUUAGGCAAUAUGACGAGGCUGGGGCAGUUUAUGAAGCUGGUCAAUUCUACGAUAGAGCAGCUGCUGCCUAUCUAAAGGGCAGAAAUUUAUUAAAAGUCCACAAAUUAAUGGAACAAGUACGUUCUCCAAAAUUAUUGUGUCAAUAUGGAAAAAUGUUGGAAAAGGAAAAAAAUUUUGAAAGGGCUUAUAAGAGGGCUCAAGAUGCAGAAAAUCAAAUAAGAGUGCUCUUGCGUCAUUUGAAUAAAUCGGAGGACGCCGUUAGACUGGCAAGAGAAAGCAAAAGCAUUGAAGGCUCUAAAUUAGUGGCAAAUUAUUUCUCUGAUUUUGGGCAAUUCGACACUGCAAUUCAAUUUUUAAUUAUUUCUCUUUGUUAUCAGGAAGCUUUUGAUUUGGCAAAAAGUUCUGGAAAUAUUCAAAUAUAUUCUUCUGCAUUAGAAUCUUCUGUUGACUCUCAAGACCAAAACAAAAUUAAUUUAAAUAAUGACAAUUCCCAGCAACAAAAGGAGGCGGCUUUUACUCAAUUAGCCGAAUAUUUUAGAAAUGAGGGAAACGUUUUGGAGGCUGGGAAAUUUUCUGGAUUUUCUAAACAUUAUAGAACGGCACUUUCUCUUCUAACAAGCGAGCUCAUCAGUCCAACUGUAGAAGAAACGGCACUUCAACUAGCUGUAGAAUUUAUAGCAGAAUCAAAAGACAAAGAACUAAUAAAUGAACUAAUAUCUUAUUUAAUGGGGGAAAGAGAGGGGGGAGAUGGAAUCCCUAAAGACCCAAAAUAUUUAUUCCAAUUAUACGUCAAAUUGUCGAUGCACGAGGAAGGGGCUAAAACAGCCUUGAUUAUAGCACAAGAACAACAAUUUAAAGGGUUUUAUAAGACUGCACAUGACCUUUUGUUUGAAAUGUACCAAACUCUCAAACGUGAAAAAAUUAAAAUUCCUUCUGAAAUGGAAAAUGCUUUAAUGCUUCUACAUAGCUACAAUAUUGUUAAGGGCCUUUUGAAACGUGGGGAUAAUUAUACUGCGGCUAAAUUGCUAUGCCGAGUUUCUGAAAAUAUUGGACAGUUUCCAGCUCAUGCAGCACAAAUACUCACGUCAUGCGUGAUUACCUGCACAAAGGGUAGAACGGAUUUUUAAAUUAUAUAAAGUUCAACUUAAGCCGGUCUGAAAGCCUCAGCCUUCAAAACAGC